AAAAUGUCUUCAAGUAAUUAACAUUCACGAAGAAAAAGGGAGCACAAGAAGUUUAUACCUUGCCUUGAUACUUGAUAUACUACUCUCUCAAAGUUGAUGAGCUCUACCUGAAUCACGCACAUUCAAGGAGGAUGGCUGGGGGCCCCGCGGAGGAUGAAUCAGGCAGCAAGCCCCUAGGAAGGUGCUCGGUUUUUUAUUACGGUGUGGGACAUAUGCUAAACGAUGUAACAUCUGCCUGUUGGUUCACUUAUCUAUUGGUCUUUCUCACGGAUAUUGGGCUGCCCCCAAGGUUUCAAAUCCUCUUGUCUUCUUCUCUUCUUUCUUUGCUCCUAUUACUGAUUGAGUUUUGUGUCCUGACAUGUUUUUUNGCUGCUGUAGUCAUGCUCUCUGGUCAAAUUGCCGAUGGGUUCACAACCAUAUUUGCUGGUGAACUGAUAGACAGGUACGGACGUUUUAAAGUAUGGCAUGCAGCGGGAUCUGUUCUAGUUGCUGUUUCAUUUUCUUCAGUUUUUGGUGGCUGCUUGCCUUGCAAAAUUGUGGGCUCCAAUUCGUCUUCAAUGCAGACCAUUGGCUAUAGCUUUUUUGCUGCAAUUUUCAAUAUAGGCUGGGCUGCUACUCAAGUUUCACACAUGUCCAUGGUGAACUGCAUUACUUUAAACUCUACAAGCAGAGUAGUUUUGGCAAGCUGUCGAAAUGCAUUUGCAAUGAUUGCAAAUCUCAGUCUAUACGCCGUUGCAUUUGUGGUGUUCCAUAUAAACUCGAGCGGGUCAGUUAUUGAUGUCGAGAAUCAGUACCGUUGGAUAGCAUAUUCAUCAAUCUUCAUUGGGUGUUGUUUUGUGGGCAUAUUUCAUCUUGGUACCGCAGAGCCAAGAUUGAAAAGGCAAGCUCAUGAAAAAGGUCACGCCAGAAUUUCUUGGACUUACUGGUUUAAAAAGUUAUUGUACUACCAAGUGGCACUUGUUUAUGUGUUAACUAGACUCAUCACAAAUAUUUCACAGGCAUUUCUUGCCUUCUACGUCAUUAAUGAUCUGCAGAUGACCCAAUCUUCCAAAGCUUUGGUCCCUGCCGUCAUUUAUAUAUGCAGCUUCGUUGUAUCAAUCCUUCUGCAGGAGAUCACGUGGGAUGGCUGGCGCUUGAAGGCUUUCUAUUCCACCGGAGGCCUUCUUUGGAUAGUUUCUGGUUCAGUGAUUCUCUUUCUGCCGAGCAGCAUGAAUGCAUUUAUGUACAUUUUAUCGAUAGUGAUUGGGGUUGCAAAUGCGUUGAUGAUGGUGUCAGGAGUUAGCAUGCAGAGUUUUCUAGUUGGUGAAGAUCUCAAUGGGUGUGCCUUUGUUUAUGGAUCGUUGAGCUUUCUCGACAAAAUAUUAUGUGGACUGGCGUUGAGUGUUCUUGAAUCAUAUCAAAGUUCUGUGCCACAAGUGCGUAGUUGUCACCAGCCGCAUAAUUUCUUUUCCAUUAGCAGAUACGGAUUGGGCCUUGUUCCAGCUAUUUCUGCUUUCCUCGGCCUCUUAGUCACACACACAAUGAAACUUCAGGAGCCCAACAUAACACCUUUGAUCCAACCCCUACUGGAAUAGCAUAACGAUAGCAUCACUCGGAUAAACCACCAAACCACAGUUUGAAUACACCCGGAGUCCCGGACCAAGUCCAAAAAAGCUGAGAGAACCGCACUCAGAUGGCCUAAACUGGACCAAAUAAGGCUAAGAAACCAAGGUAGUUAAGAAUACAACUGAAACCUUAGGACACGUUUGUUUGGCAUGAUUAGAUAGGAUUACCCCAUUAAUAGUGGGGCAAUCCUUCGUUUGGUAUGCAAGACUAAAGCCCGCAGAUAAAGUUCGGUCCGAGAUAAAAAAGUCAUUAAUCUUACAUAUUCACGACU